AUGGAAAACCAAACUGAAAGAUCAGAGUUUAUUUUCUUGGGACUUUCCAGUGAUCCCCAACUGAAUAUCUUCUUCUUCUUGGUGUUUUCAACCAUUUACCUAAUAACACUGUCAGGAAAUGUCACAAUCAUUCUGGUGAUAAGGAAGGAACCUUCCCUUUACACACCUAUGUAUUAUUUUCUGUCUCACUUGUCCUUCGUUGAUAUCUGUUAUUCAACUGACAUUGUCCCUAAGAUGUUAAUGAACUUGCUAAUGAAGCAAAAGACAAUUUCCUUCACUGGUUGUCUUACACAAAUGUUUUUCAGUCUCCUGUUGAGUGUUACAGAGGUUUUUAUUCUUUCGGCAAUGGCUUAUGAUAGAUACACUGCUGUGUGUCACCCACUUCACUAUAUAGCGAUCAUGAACAAAACAUUAUGUGCUUACCUGGUGAUGGGGGCCUGGAUAAUGGGCUUCCUUUUUGCAGUAAUAAACACAGUGCCUACAUUAAGUUUGCAGUUCUGUGGCCUUCACAAAAUCAGCCACUUCAGCUGUGAGCUGCCACCUCUUUUGAAAAUCUCCUGUUCUGACACCUUCCUCAAUAAUAUGAUUCUUCUAUCUUCUGUUGUGAUUUUUGGACUUGGUUCCUUCCUGCCAACCUUUGUCUCCUAUUUCCACAUCAUCUCCACCAUCCUGAAUAUCCACUCCCCGGAGGGAAGGAGCAAAGCCUUCUCUACCUGCAGUUCCCACUUCAUUGUGGUUGGCUUAUUGUAUAUGACAGGAAUGUCCCAGUACAUGAAACCCAGCAGCGUGUCUUCCAUGACAAUUGAUGAACUGUUCUCUAUUCAGUAUAGCAUUUUGACCCCCAUGUUGAACCCAAUUAUCUAUAGCUUGAAAAAUAAGGAAGUGAAGAGAGCUCUUGGAAGAAUAUUUGGGAAAAAGUAA